UCAGAGCUGAUGGAGUUUCAGUCUGACGCUUCAGAGGCCAUCAGCCAGGAUGAUGAAGACGAGGUGGAGGAACUGCAAAACAGUCUGCGAGAGGUUGUCCAGGACCAGUCGAUAAAGCCCAAACUCCAGUGCCUGAUGGUGGACCCAUCGUUCUCCAUGGUAACAGUUCAGAGCGAGGACAGUGGUAUUGUUUGGGAGACGGCCUCUAGCCGCUGCUCUACGCCCUGGGCCUCUGACACGAGCUCUGUCUCUGAAGCCUACAGCAUGGAGGGCUCUGGCGUUGCAGGAAAGAUCACCAUUGUCUUUGAUGAGGAUAAAGUAGUCCGUAGGAGGACGAGGUCCGGAGGAAGGAGCAGCAGGUUGGGGGACAGGCUGAGUCGACCUGGAAGCUCAAGAUCGGCUUCGGCUCUGGGAGUGGAGAGACCGGAGAUGGCAGAGGUUUCUCUCCCCAAUGUGAAACAGGAGAAAACCGAAACAGAGCCGGACUUGGAGGAAAUCAAAAACAAAGAUCAGCAACUGUUUAGUUUGAUUUCAGAGGGUUAUGAGAUUCUCAACAUCAGAGUCCCCUCCAAACUUCCCACCGUGGAUGAGGAGGAGAGCACAGAGCUGCAGGACAAUUUGUCAUAUCUGGACCAGACUCCAAAGAUCAAGUCCCGCAGCCACCAUGACUGGACGUGGCAACAGAAUCAUGUCCUGCCAGACGAGGGGAGGAUACUCGAUCACCAAGAGCCCUCGAAGCAAGAUUCUUCUCAGCCAUCAGCAGACACAGAACCCGGGCAGACACCUUCUCAGAAAGAGAGCGCCAGUGACAUUGACUACUUCGAGAAGUUUACCCUUUUGGAUGAGGCAGUCCCCGGAGAACAAGCUCCAGAGCUGCAGGAGGAAGCAGUGAAACCCCAGGCAGAGGAGCAGAAACCUGCUACGGAGACAGCAACAGACAGCCCCUCUGCAUCAGAAGAGUCUUUUGUCUUUGUCACAGAUGUGGAGAUAGUCGGGGAACACCUGGACGAGGUCUUCUACGGAGAAGGAGCUCCUGCUGAUGCACUGCAGAGGAGAGAUGAGGAUGAGGAGGAGGUUGCAGCCAGGAUGAGGCGAGAGAGCCAGAGAUCGACGAAGGAGAAUGGUUCAGUACUGUUUGAGAGUGAAGAGACCGUCCUUACGCCCAUCUAUAUCUCCGCUGGACCCCCGAAGAUUAUUGACCCCAUCCUGCUGGAGGAGCCCACCGCCAUGUCCUUCAUGUACUCCGACCUUUACGAGGAUGCUGUAGGCGAGAGGAGAAGGAGCGACGAGGAACACUCAGAGGCAGAGAGCGUGGCAUCUGAGAAGUCUUAUAAGAGAUGUUCGUCGGAUGCAGAGGAGGAGGAAGGCUACCUGGAGAAGUUUACUUUGAAGGAUGAAACUUCCACCGUGGAGGUUCAACCAGAAUCAGUGCAGGACGAGAACGAAGGGAGGAUGAUGUGGUCACAGAGUAGGUUUGAAAUGACAGGAAGUCUCAGAAGAGUGGUCAAAGAAGAAGAUGAGGACAAGACAAAGACAGAGGAACCAAAGACACAGGAGGUCAGUGCUGGAGGCAGUAGUGAGGAUCUACAAUCAGCAACAUUUGAAGAGAAAAGAGAAAUAGUCACAGAAACAGAAAAGGAGAGGGAGGAAAUACAACUCUCCAUGGCAACUGAAGAGCAGGUUGUCAGAGAGGCCCCAGAAAAAUCAGCUCAGGAGUUUAACCUGACAGAGGAUCGGAUUGAGGGUCAGGAAGUAAAACAGGAAGUAAAAGGAGACCAGACUGAGCCUCCUGAGAGGAGCACUGAUGAGCCACCUCCUGAAAUUCAAGAGAACAGAAAGGUAGAGAAAGCAGAGAGCGAGAGUGAGGAGCAUCAGAGAGAAGAGCACAAAAGAAGUGAGCAAAGCAUUAUUGAAACCGAGCGGAUAUGUCAGACACAAAAAGUGUCAGAAAAAGCAACUGAAGAGCUUGUAAAAGCUACAGAGGACACGACAGAAAAAGCACCUGUAAGCAGUGCAGUGCCACAGAUGGACAUUAAAUCAAAAAUACAAAUAGAGCAGAGUUUUUCUGAGGAGCCAGCUCCUGACACGAAGAUGGUGGCUGCUGAUGAGAAAGUAGAAACUGAGGCCAAACCAGAGGUCCGAGUUGAAGUCAACGAACCUGAGACUGUAAGACAGGAAACGUUCACCUCGACUGAACCUUCAGGUGAAAUAGAGACACCGGCUGCAAUAUCACCGUGUGAGGAAAAACAAGCAGCAGAAGUCGUCCCUGAAGGUGUUGCACCUGUCGAGGUCAUCACCGACGGUGACUGUGCGGUACACGCAGUAGUGGAGGUAACUGAAAAAGCAGUGAAUGAAAAAGAGAUUCAAACCCAAGUUCAGAUUGAUCUUCAGGAUGUAAAAAGUGCUGAGAUGACAGAUGUUCAAACAACAGCAGCUCCUGAAGUAGGAAGAGAACAUGAAGCUAAGACAGGGGAAGCUGCAGCUGAGAGCCAGUUGCCUGAAUUCAUUGCCGAAGCUGCUCAGGAGCCAGAAGUUAAAACUGAGAUUUCAAGCCAAGUAACCGAACCUGUGAUGCCAGACGACGUCAAGACAGAUUCAGAUAAGAAACAUCAUGAAAUCCUUGAAUCCUUGCAGCGUCAACAAGAGGAGCCGGUAAUUGAUAGUGAAUCAGGCAAAACAAAGCUGAUAACUGAAGUCAAAGCUAAAACACCCACAGAGGACGCUGGGACUCAGGAUAUGGUGAAUGUAGGUGACGAGUUAAUCCUCCUGGUUCCCAAGGGACAAGCAGUAGAGAUGGACAUUGAUAUUGGUCAGGCCCCGAGUGAUUCAGAAGCUCUCCCUGAACCUGACAGCACAUGUGAACAUCUAAUAGCACCUGAAGACAUACCGGCACCGAUGGGAGAAACAAAGACACAGCCACAACUGGGAGUAGAAGCAGAAGUUGCUGUAAAGGUAGAAGAGCAACCCAGAAAUGACUUAGACAGAGAGUACUCACCCCCUGCACCGAUGGAGGAGGCCGACACAGAGGAGAAGAAGACAGGGGAGGACUUAGAAGAAGAUGAGGGUUUCUUUUCCCCUCUGAGGAGCUUUACUCCCAGGGAGGAUUUAUCUGGGCUGCACAGGGAGGAUAUACUAUCAGAAGAACAUGUAGAACAAAGGGCGGAGAUGUGGGUGGAAGAUUUUCCAGAUGCAAUCAUUAUCGAAGAGGAUGUUGGUCCAGAUGUUGAUCUGCACAGAAAGGAUAUAGGGCAAAGGAUGGAGCAAGAUGAGGUGGUUGCAGAGGUUCCAGAAGUGCCCAUUGAUGAGUUUGAAUAUGAGAUAAUAUCUAAACAGGAUGCAGAAGAGAUGCCAGAACCCGAAAUACAGAGAGAUGCAGAGGAAUCAAAACCUGAGUCUGGCCGGGACAGAGAAGAGAGGAUGGAGGUGGAGGUUGAGAUGGAGAUGGAGAUGGAGGGGAAAAUGUUUGAUCUUUCCCCAGAAGAAGAGCUCAUUGAGGAUGACUAUGAAAUCAUUGAUGCAGAGGAGGAGAGUCAGGCCCGACUGGCUGCUGAGCUGCAGGGGAUGGACUGGUUCUGUCUCACCUGUGGUCGUCUGCUAUCAGAGGACGACUGUGUGUCCGGAGAGCAUCACAGCCACGUGGUGACUGCUGUGGACAAAGCCUAUGAGGAAUUCAAGGAGAAGCUGAGUGACUGGAUCUCAGAGCUUCAGGGGAGGUCAGAGAACAUUGAGGACUUGGUGUCUGAACUGGAGCUGGCCUACAACUCUGUAGAGGACCAGUGUGUGGAGAGCGAGGCGGCGAUGCAGGUGCAGAACGAGGAGAUGAUGGCUCUGGUGAUGGAGCAGUACAACAACAUGUCCGUCAACAUGGAGGAGGAGAAGAAGUCCAAGCUGGAGCAGCUAUAUGACCAGAUUGUCUCCUUCCAGGAGAGCAUAGAAACCGCCAAGGCCACUCUAGAGACCACGGCCAGAGAGGAAGAGACUGACUGUUUGACAUUGACUUGUGUUGACCAGAAGCUAAUUGUUUGCGGUUGUGUGUUUAGUCUCAAGGCAGCCCUGGACUCAGCCAUGUCACUGGAGCUGGGUCCCAAGGGACUGCUGGUGUUCGAAGACUACGCCAAGGGCAACACAUCCAGCUCACACCUCACACAGCGCAAGGGAAUCCCAGUGCCUCAGAGGCCCACGCUGCAGCCCCAGGAGCCAGGCUCAGCCACCAGCACCAGUGUCACUGUUUACUGGAAGGUCAACCCCGGAGACAUCAUAGACUGCUUCCAGGUCUACUGCAUGGAGGAUCCACAAGGAGCUGUGUCAGAGGAGUACCGUGUGACAGUGAAGGAGAGUUACUGUGUCUUGGAGGAGCUGGAGCCUGACAAGACGUACAAGGUGUGGGUGAUGGCUGUCAACUAUACAGGCUGCUCUCUGCCCAGCGAGAGACUUGCCUUCACAACUGCUCCAUCGGUGCCUGUGAUUGACACAGAGCGCUGCAGUGUCAUGUGGGAUUCGGCCACACUGAGGUGGAAACAGCAGACUCCUGGACAGAGUUACACCUUGGAGUACUGCCGUCAGUAUGAACUGGAGGGAGAGGGACUGAGAUCCAUCUCAGGCAUCAAUAGCUGUGAACAGAGGGUUCUCCUGCAGCCCAAUGAGAAUUACCUGUUUUACAUCAAAGCUGUGAAUGAGGCGGGAGCCAGCGAACAGAGUGAGGCUGCACUCAUUUCCACAAAAGGGACGAGGUUCCACCUGCUGAGCGCAUCAGCUCACCCUGCUUUAGAGCUGUCAGUGGAUCGGACCACCCUGCACUAUUCCCAGGACACAUAUGAAAACACACCACUCACAGACAAACAGUGUCCAUCCAUCCUGGGUGAGUUGCUGCCGUUACGAGGACACUAUUACUGGGAGACAAUUGUGUCAGGAAGUACAGCUUACAGACUCGGAGUGGCACACAGCACAGCCAACAGAGGCGGCUCACUGGGGGAAAACAGCCUGUCGUGGUGUCUGCAGUGUGUUCCUACACCGACAGGUUGCAGGUAUCAGUUGCUCCACAAUGACGUCCAGUCCAGUGUGUUCGUGAUGGAGAUGCCUGAGCGAGUAGGUACUCUCUUGGAUUACCAGCUUGGUCGUCUGUCUUUCUACAAUGCCCAAAGUGGUCAGUUGUUAGGUUCCUUCAGCCAGCGCUUCACCCAGCCGUGCCACCCUGCUCUGGCCCUGGAGAUGCCAGGCAGCCUGGAGGUCAGCAUGGUGCUGGAAGUACCGGAGUUUACCAAGGACAGCUAGCUCUGCUACCUGCCUCACACGCUGAAGAGUUUACAGUUCAUGUUGGACAUUUGUUAAUUUGAGUGAUCUUACUUUAUAAUAAUUGAAAUGACCACUAUUACAUUACAGAAAAGAGUGCAGAUACGACAGGACAUAAAAUAAUAAUUAGAUCCAAAACAAAGGCAGAAGAUGCAAUUUGAUUUGUUUAAAGG